AAAGCUCAAAGUACUGACAAAUGAAAGAAUAAGAAAUGAAUUUAAUUGAAAAAGGUGCAUUUGCUAUCCUCCAUAGCCUGAGCUAAGCUAAGUGAUUGAUUGUGCAAGCAAAGCAAGCCCUACCCAUAUUAUAAUUAUCCUUAAAUUUGGUGUCUCCAUGUGGAUGGUUUUUUUGGGGAGAGAUGAGUAAUAAUAAGCCAAUCUCAACAAGCGGCGAUGGAGGAGAUAACUGCAACAAAGUGGUGGUGAGGUACAAGGAAUGCCUAAAGAACCAUGCAGUAGCCAUUGGAGGGAACGCCACAGAUGGGUGCGGGGAGUUCAUGCCAAAUGGAGAAGAAGGCUCCCUCGAGGCGCUUAUCUGCUCGGCUUGCAACUGCCAUAGGAACUUCCAUCGAAAAGAGACAGAAUGCAGUGGUUGCUGCCCCUCUGAGUUUGGGGGAGAACUCAUGUUGGGUCAUCUUCAAAGUUACAUGUUGAGGUCCUCACCGCAACCGAUGACAGUGUCGUACAAAGGUGGAGGGUCGAUCCCAUCAGAAACAAAUGAGAAAGAUGAUGGGAAAGUGAGGAAAAGGUUUAGGACCAAGUUCAGCCAAGCACAAAAGGAAAAGAUGUUGAGCUUUGCAGAGAAGGCUGGUUGGAGAAUUCAAAAGCUGGAUGAGAAUGUGGUGCAGCAGUUUUGCCAGGAGAUUGGCAUCAAGAGGAGAGUCCUUAAGGUGUGGAUGCACAAUAACAAACAAAGCUUUGCAAACAAAAACAAUGUCUCUGCUGCUUGAAUUUAUUUCAACAUUAUCUACGUCUUUCUCUACUAUUCUUAUAAUUUCAUCUUAGGGUUUCUCUUCUUACAA